GCCACCGCCGAGAGCUCGGGAAGCGGCUACGUCGUGGGCGUUGCGGGCGCUCCCCCCACCCCCCACGUUAGGCCGAUCGCUUUGGCCUCAACAUGUACAUAAGGCUGCUUUUCCAGUCCUCGCAUCUCCGGUGGGCUUGGAGGACAGCCUUCCUGAAGAAGCCCAAUCAGUGUGGGCAGCAGGGAGCCUGGCGAUGGACACAUUCUGGAGGUGGCCCCUACCGAGCGGUCAUUUUUGACAUGGGAGGAGUUCUCAUUCCUUCUCCAGGGAAAUUGGCUGCAGAGUGGGAGGCACAAAAUCAUAUCCCUUCCGGAACUAUAUUGAAGGCCUUCAUCUCAGGUGGCGAAAAUGGGCCCUGGCUGAAAUUUAUGCGAGGAGAAAUAACAACAGAGGAUUUCUUACAAGAAUUUGGGAGGCUCUGCUCUGAAAUUUCAGAGACCUCUGUGCCUGUGGGCUCCUUCCUCUCUCUGCUGACCAGCGAGCACGUGGCGAAGCAGUUCCCAGUGAUGACUGAGGCCAUAACGCGAAUUCGGGCAAAAGGCCUUCAGACUGCCGUCCUGAGCAAUAAUUUCUAUCUUUCCAAUGGCGAAAGUUUUCUGCCCCUGGACCGGAAACAGUUUGAUGUGGUCGUGGAGUCCUGUGUGGAAGGCAUCUGUAAGCCAGACCACAGGAUCUACGAGCUGUGCCUGGGGCGGCUCGGCCUGCAGCCUGCGGAGGCCAUCUUCCUCGAUGACCUUGGACACAACAUCAAAGCAGCUGCCAGUCUUGGCAUUCACACCAUUAAGGUUAAUAACCCAGAGGCUGCAGUGCAGGAAUUAGAAACGCUUUUGGGUUUUACUUUGAGACCGGUGAUUCCAAACACUCGCCCUGUGAGAAAGACAAUGGAAAUUCCAAAGGAUUCCCUGGAGAAGUACCUCAAAGACCUACUGGGGACCCAAGCCACAGGCCCGUUGGAAGUCCUGCAGUUUGAUCACGGGCAGUCGAAUCUCACUUACUACAUCCGGCUGGCUGACCAUCAGCUGGUUCUGAGGAAGAAGCCCCCGGGGACACUCCUUCCAUUGGCCCACGCAGUGGAGAGGGAAUUCAGGAUCAUGAAAGCCCUUGCCAAUGCUGGAGUGCCUGUCCCCAGAGUCCUUGACCUCUGUGAAGAUUCAAGGGUCAUCGGCGCGCCCUUCUACCUGAUGGAGUACUGCCCAGGCCUCAUCUACAAAGACCCCUCCCUGCCAGGCUUGCCGCCCAGCCAGAGGCGGGCCAUAUACGCUGCCAUGAACAGAGUCUUGUGCAAAAUUCAUAGCGUGGACUUCAAGGCUGCAGGCCUAGAAGACUACGGGAAACACGGGGACGACAUCCCACACCAGGUGCAGACCUGGAUUCAGCAGUAUCGAGCCUCGGAAACCAGCACCAUCCCGGCCAUGGAGAGGCUCAUCGCAUGGCUGCCGCUUCAUCUCCCCAGGCAAGAGAAGAUCGCAGUGGUGCAUGGGAACUUCAGGCUGGACAACCUGCUCUUCCAUCCAGAGAAGAACGAGGUGCUGGCUGUCUUUGACUGGGAACUUUCUACCUUGGGCGAUCCCCUUGCGGAUGUGGCCUGCAGCUGCAUGGCUCACUACCUGCCCUCCAGUUUUCCCACACUGCGAGGCUUGAGGGACUAUGAUUUGAGUCAGCUGGGCAUCCCUGGUGCAGAGGAGUAUUUCAGGAUGUACUGUCUUCACAUGGGGAUCUCUCCUGCUGAGAACUGGAACUUCUACAUGGCCUUCUCCUUUUUCCGAGUGGCUGCCAUCCUACAGGGAGUCUACAAGUGCUCACUCACAGGGCAAGCAAGCUCGGCAACUGCUGAACAAAGCGGGAAGCUUACUGAAUUCAUGUCUGACCUGGCUUGGGAGUUUGCCGUCAAAGAAGGGUUCCGGAUUUUCAAAGAGACACCAGCCACAGUGCCGUUAAGGAGGUCCUACCACACGUGGGCUGGCCCAUGGGCCCUGCCGAGCAUCCCAGGAAGGAGGAGCUAUAUCCCCAUUCCAUAAUCUUCCUCGGCUCAUGUCACAAAGGGAGCUCCGGUUAUCUCCCCAGUGGGCCUGUCCCCACCGGUCAGGGAGCCGCGUCAGCAGCUAAAGCAGUUCAUGGAACCAUACGUGUACCCAGCUGAGCCAGAGCUGUGUGGUCACCAGGCCUCCAUAGAAAGGGGGACCCCUUCCCUCCCACUGGUCAAAGAGCUCAAGGUAAAGCAGCCCUUCAAGAGUGAGCAAGACCUCAUCAAAGUGGCAGAUCUGUUCCCUCCCCAGGCAGUGGUGAGACGGGGCGCUGAGCUGAAUGGUUUUCGCUUUCCACCCCCCCAUUCCCUGCCUGUGGUGUAUAACCCGGGGCAAUGGGCUUAUGCGGUUUUUGAAUUCGGUAAAUCUGAAACAGUGUCAUAUUAAAUACAUCCGUUAAUAAAGCCUCUCUUUAAAGAA